AUGGCAACUUGUCUACGUUACCCAGGCAAGGUGGUGAUAGUGACUGGUGGCACCAGAGGCAUCGGCCUGGCCAUCAUGAGAGAAUUUGUUCGCCAAGGCGCCAAUGUGGUCUUCUGUUCACGAGCAUGUGGAGCGGAAAGGGGACAAGCAAUUCAGAGGGAGCUGCAGGAUUCUGGGUGCCCAGGAGAGGCGUUCUACCAAGUCUGUGAUGUCACCAAUGAGGCAGACAUUCAGAGGCUGAUUUUGGUAACUAUAGAACGUUACGGAUGCCUGGACUGCCUGGUGAACAAUGCUGCAGAUGUUGAAACUGGAACGAUAGAUGAUGUGACUGCCGAAGACUUCCGCAACAUGAUGGAAGUCAAUGUUGUGAGCUGUUUGUUAACAUCAAAGUACUCUCUGCCCUACUUACGAGAAACAAGAGGAAACAUCAUCAACAUUGGCAGUCUCCGAGGUGUUAUCGGAGGGAAGAAUCUUUUGUCAUAUAACACGAGCAAGGGUGCUGUGAUCGCAAUGACCAAAGCCCUGGCCAUAGACGAGAGCAAAUACGGAGUGCGAGUCAACAGCCUCUCACCAGGUAAUAUCUGGACUCCUAUGUGGGAAAAGUAUGCAAGUCAGAACAUGGAUCCAAAGGCAACAAUUCGGGAAGCCGAAUGUCAUCAGCUUCUUGGACGUUUUGGGACCCCAGAAGAAGUGGCCUUGGGCGUCCUGUACCUGGCUGCUGAUGGAACUUUCUGUACUGGUUUCAACCUCGUGAUCAGUGGUGGAGCGGAAGUUGGCUUUGGGACAAAGGACGUGGUGGAUCCUCAGCCUGGCAAAAUUUGCCAAGGUGCCAAUGUGGUCUUCUGUUCUCGAACAUGUGGAGCCAUGGGUCUUGCCCAGUGCCGCAGCUGUGGAACGGAUGGCCAUGAGGACCCUGCAGCUGCUGGGCAGCCCACUGGGAUUCUCACUGUCACUGCUGCCUUCGCCAACAUACCCUCAGCUCCACCGAGCACUCUGGCCUCUCCACCUACCCCCACGGCCUCCUCAAUGUUCUUGGGCACUGCUGCCUCUGAGAGAGUCAUGAGUCAACAAUGA